UCGUACUCUCAUCUAAAGAGCUUAAUACCGACCCGUCGGCAGAAAUAGAAAAAUCAUCCGCGUAAGGUUGUGCAUCGAUUUUUCUCUCUGCGAAGCCCUAAAUAAAAAUAAUCGCAAAGUCAAUAAUUACGCUCUGUGAGUUUUCUGAGGGAAUACAGAUUAUUGAAGUGUAGUGUCUGUUGGGAGAAUAAUGUCAUCUGUAUCGAGUCAGCCGCAAUUCCGUCUUACCCAACCGCCAUCUAAGGUGUUGCAUUUGAGAAACUUGCCAUGGGAGUGCACUGAAGAAGAGUUGGUUGAGCUUGGGAAGCCGUUUGGUAAUGUUGUUAAUACCAAGUGUAAUGUUGGACCGAAUAGAAAUCAAGCUUUCAUUGAAUUUGCGGAUCUGAAUCAAGCUAUUGCGAUGAUAUCGUAUUAUGCAUCAUCCUCAGAGCCUGCUCAAGUUCGAGGGAAGACAGUUUACUUGCAGUAUUCUAAUAGGCAAGAAAUAGUGAACAACAAAACGACAGCUGAUGCUGGUGGAAAUGUGUUGUUGAUUACCAUUGAAGGGGCAGAUGCACGCCUGGUCAGCAUUGAUGUCUUGCACCUGGUAUUUUCUGCCUUUGGGUUUGUUCAUAAGAUUACUACCUUUGAGAAGAUGGAUAGAUUCCAGGCUUUGGUGCAAUUCUCCGAUGUGGAAACUGCCUCUUCUGCGAAAAAUGCCCUGGAUGGAAGAAACAUCCCCAGUUAUCUGCUUCCUGAACAUCUUGGGCCCUGUACUCUUAGGAUCGCAUAUUCUGCUCAUACAGAUUUGAGUGUAAAAUUUCAGAGCCAUCGAAGCAGGGACUACACUAAUCCAAACCUUCCUGUUGCACAAUCAGCUAUAGAUGCAAAUGGAAUGGUAAGAUGCUGUAAUCACACUUCACACUUCAAGAAGUGGCAGUUUGCUAAUUCCAUAUGAAGACAAGCCUUAUGAAUUUUUUUCGUUAAAAAGUACCUGUGAUCAUGCAUUUGGUGUAUUCACAAGGGUUAUAGUGGCUCCAUUUCCUUAUUUUGCCCCAGCCUGCCAUUUGCAUACAGUUGUUUUUUUCAUUAAUGGGUUAAUCAUAUAUUGUGCUGCUCUCUUGACAUUUCUUAACAGAACCCUCUACCAAUUUUUUUUAAUUAAAUUCAGCCUCGUACUCUAGAAAACUAAGAAUUUAGUCUCUAUAACUACCCCUAUCAGUAAUAAUGUUACUUUCUGUUAGUUUGAGAAAGCAAAGCACCUAAAAUAAAAUAUGCAACCAUGAUUAAA